AUGGAUCCCGGUCGACAAAAUAUGAUUAAUAACCCUGGGCCAUCGAGGGGACGCGAUGGCACGUCACCGAGAUACGACUCACGCAAUCGCGUAUCGAAAACUUCCCGACCUGCACCGUCCCAAUCAGCAAGCAGGAUAGCCACAAGCUAUGUGUCGCACGAGGAGCAGGCACGUCAAUUUGUUGCCGACGAAGAUAAAUUUGUCCUGCGUCAAUCGAAAAAAAAGGCCGACAUUCGUGUUCGUGAGAACAGAGCAAAGCCCAUUGAUUAUUUGGCGUUCCUCCUUCGCUAUAUUGACGAGGAGUGCGACGUCUUUGACGACGUAGAAGGCGAUGAUGAUCUAGAUGUACCAGAGCCAGCGGAAAUUGUCCAGAAACUCGAUUUGGAAGGACUGAAGACAUUGGAAGCCGAUAUCAAGAACUAUUACGUUCUAGAAACAGAAGCCCCAAAUAGGGAAUACUGGGAGGCUUUGCGUUCGCUGUGCAAAUCGCAAAAGGCAAAACUUGACCCGUCCAAGCACGAUAGGCGUGUGGUCAGCAGCGUGGAUGACGAUAUCAACAAGAUUCUUGCACCGAAAACCUACGAGCAGCUUGGCGCCCUCGAGAAACAAAUAAAGGCGAAGCUCCGAUCCGACGAAGACAUUGAUAUGGACUACUGGGAGCAGCUCCUUCAAAGUUUGCUUGUUUGGAAGGCCAAAGCUGUUUUGGCAAGGACAGUAGAGAAGAUUACGAAGAAGAAACUUGAGCGAAGGAGCCAGUCAUCUGGCAAGAGCAACAAGACGGCAGCGGCUCCAGCACAGACACAAGCACAGCCCAAAAGCACGCCGAACGUGCCAGCUUCAGAACCAAGCGGUAAUUCUGAUGCCUCGCAGGCCACACAGACACUCUACGAUAGGGAGGCCGCCCGGGGAGUUUCAGAAAACGAGGAAGUAUUUGCUGCAGAGGAGGAUCUGACGGCAGAAUCGAAGCCGCAAUGGGCCAAAGAGCACCAGGUACGCAAGCCGAGAUACUUCAAUCGAGUUCAGAUGGGCUAUGAGUGGAACAAGUAUAACCAGACGCAUUACGAUCACGACAACCCGCCACCCAAGGUUGUGCAGGGCUAUAAAUUCAACAUAUUCUACCCAGAGCUCAUCGACAAGACCAAGGCACCUACUUUUAAGAUUAUUCGCGAGCAUGGAAGAAGGAGGGGCGAGUCUUUUGCGGCGGCGGGGGAGGAAGAUACGUGCUUAAUCCGCUUCAUAGCCGGACCUCCAUACGAGGAUAUUGCCUUUCGGAUUGUGGACCGUGAAUGGGAUUACAGUGCCAAGAGAGACCGCGGAUUUAAGAGUUCUUUUGACAAGGCAAGUUUGAUUAAAACGAGUUGGCGGAAGAGAUUGCGGCAAUCUGGCAUCCUACAGCUGCAUUUUCAGUUCAAAAAGAUAUUCUACCGAAAAUAA